GCUACAUUUCCCCUGUUCGUUGAAACUUACUCACUCGUCUCUCUCUCUCUCUCUCUCUCUCUCUAAGACUACAGAAGAGGAGCAAGAUUCUGAUUUUCUUCAUAUUCACAAGAUCAAGAGUUCAAAAGUAGGUUUUCGAUUCUUUCCUUGGUGGAAAUGGCCUUCAACCAGGGACGCAAGGUUCGGGUGAUAGCGAAGAUCAGGGCGUUUACGGAUCUUGAAUCGAUGUCUGGUGGUGAUGGCCUUUCAACUAAGAAGGUGGUAUCUGUUCAUAAGCCGAAUGGAGAGGAAUCUGAGCCGGUUUCUAUCUCGUUUGGAGACCAGUCAGCCGGUUCUAAGGAGUCUUCUUAUGAGAUGGAUCAUUGCUACAAUCAAAACGAAAAAAAUGGUUUAAUUUUUUCAAAGGAAGUAAAGCCACUGAUUUCUGAGGUUUUUGAUGGCUAUAAUGCCACUGUAAUUGCGUAUGGAGCAAGAGGCAGUGGAAAGACACACUUAAUUCAGGGUUCGGAAGAGGAACCUGGUUUGGCAUUUCUUGCCGUCGAUGAAAUUCUCUCCUUGGCUGAGAAACAUGAAAAAUUAAUCUCCAUAUCUCUAUAUGAGAUUUGUGGGGAUAAGAUACAUGAUAUCUUAAUUUCAGGAAGCUCAACAGUUUCAAAAGUAGAAGUCAGUCAGAGCAAAAUUCAUCAAAAAGGACUCUCUCAGGUUACUGUGAAAUCCUACUCAGAAUUUUGGAAGUAUUUUAACGUCCAUAAAGAAAAGCAGAAGAAAACUGCUGAAACUUCUUGUAAACUCCACAAAGGUUUAAUAAUACAUGUGUCAUCUAACAGUGAAAAGUCAGAUGUCCUUGUUGGAAAGAUGAAUUUUGUUGAUUUAGCAGGUUAUGAGGAUAGUAGAAAGAAAAGUGUCGAUGCGCGUGCUCUUGCUGAGAAUGUUAAGAUGAAUAAGUCCAUUUAUGCCUUGCAGAAUGUUUUGUCUGCUUUAAAUGCCAAUCAAAGUCAUGUGCCAUAUCGAGAUAGUAAACUCACUCAUUUGUUGCAAGACUCAUUGGGAGGUGUAAACAAAGUAUUGAUUGUCACUUGCUUGGCUCCAUAUGUUUGCCAAGAUUCAAUCUACAUAGUAAGUUUGGCUUCUCGAUAUUCUCAAGGAACUAAUAGAGCUGUCUUGGACUCCACAAAGAAGAUCAAGAGUGCUACAAAACUAAUGGUGCUAGCUUCACAAAAGAAUCAAAUAUCAGGAAGUGUUUCUGGCAACAAACUGACUGGCGCUAGGAUACAGCUUUCAGGAAAGAAAGCCAAAGCAUGUAAUACAGUUUCUAAUGCCAAAGGGAGUGUUUCUACAAUGAAAGGAAGGAAACUCUUUGAUGAAUCAAAUCGUUCAACUAAAUCUGAGAAUAAAUCUAAGAAGGGAAGUAGUCCAUUAAAUUUUGUUUCAACCACAGAAAUUUCUUCGUUAGAGGAAAAGUCUGCUUCAAAUCUUGCCAAAGAAGUUGUACCUCUAGCAGUGUACACGUUCCUCUUCCAGGAACUUUCCCCCUCAGCAGUUAUAGAUGUGCAAAAUACUACCAUUGCCGGAAAAGAACUUUCUUCCUUAGCAGUUCUAGAUGUGCAGGAAACAACCAUGCAGGAUAAAGAAAUUUCCAGCUCGGCAGUUCUAGAUGUGCAGGAGAUUACCAUACCAGAUAAGGUUUCUAUGCCUGGGAAAGAGAAUAUUGAGAAAGUUGCUCAUGAUAUCAUAAAGAGCCCGAAAGAUUUAUCAUUUGAAAAAGGUCCAGAUAUUGAAAAGAAGGACACUGAUUUACUUGUCAGUGAAGCUAGAUCACCACCAAUUAGUGCAAGGUUGCAACAAAUAUCAAAUAAUCUAAAGAUGCUCCUUUCUUCAACCCCUUCAUGCAUAGAACCAAACAAUAAUGUUUCAUCUGAUGCUAUAGUCUCUACUUAUAUUGUGAUGCCAAAAACUCCUGAACAAAAUGUGGAAAGCGACGAUGAAAACAAUGAUGUUUUAUCUGAUGCCCUAGUCUCUGCUGAUAUUCUAGAGCCAAAAACUCCUCAGCAAAAUGUGAAAACAGAUAAUAAAGGGGAGAUUUCUAUUAUGAGUAGUAGUCGUUGGCAAACAUUUAGUGCACGUAGUUCCCAAGUGAAGAACUCCCUUGUUCAGGAAUAUCUCAGGUUUUUGAAUACAGCGAGCAGGGAAGAUCUGAAAAGGCUAAAGGGAAUUGGUGAGAAGAGAGCAACUUACAUUCUUGAGCUUCGUGAAGAAUCUCCAGAACCAUUCAAAAACAUUGAUGAUUUGAAGGAUAUUGGACUUUCAGCAAAACAGAUAAAAGGAAUAAUGAGAAAGGAACUUGGAGAGCUAUACAAUUAGUGAACCAAAUAUACAGACCGUUGGAGAAGUUAUAAACUUGAUAGCAGAAACAUUUAGUGGCAACUUGGAGUUGCUAGAGAAAUAAGUGCUUUCUAUUUAUAUUGUUUUUUUUUUUCAAUGUGCAUAUGUGUGAGGCAUUUGCUCUUUACUGUAAAACUACCUAAUCAAGGUUGAACAGCAUUUGUGCACACUCUUGUUCCUUAUAACAUUCAUUUACCAGCAAAUAAAAUUUGUGAAUA